CAAAUAGUUUGAUCUAAACCGUUCAAUGAGUUGUGUAUAUUAAUUUUUUCAAUGAAAGUUAUCUAUAUGAAUUUAUCAGUUUUUAGUAAUUUUACAUAACCAUCGUUGCUAACUUAAGAGGGUAAAUCCCUAAAAUAUGGAUUCAUCGUCUCAACGUGAUGAAACCCAACCAUUGUUAAAUCAAAGGAAAUCGAAAGUUAAAUGGAACUAUAAACUGCUUAAGUGGUCUUUUAAUUGGAUUUUAUUCGGAUUAUUAUUACUUGGUGCUAUUUAUAUUUUAUACGUUUUCAUUAAGUAUGAAAUACAACCUAAAUCCAGUUACACCAUUAAGACAAGAAAUUCUCAUCAUAUUAUAAGUAUUGCAACCACAAAUGAUGAUUACUUAAAGCAAUGUGCUCCUCAAGUGAAAUGUAAUCCUUUCGCUAGAUACAGAAGCAUAAACGGAUCAUGUAAUAAUUUGAAAAUACCUACGUGGGGUGCAGCAGAAACACCAUUUUUUCGUUUGCUGAACGCUAAUUUUAGUGAUGGUUUUUAUAAAUUUCGACUCCAAACAAAUGGAAGUGCAUUACCUAGUCCCAGAGUGGUCAACAUUAAAGUCUUUUUGAAUCAAGAAAUAUAUCGAGUCGAUGAAAAUAAUGUACUUUUAUUACCGUUUGGACAAUUAAUAGCUCAUGACGUGUCAGGCCUGUUUCUUGACAUUCCAAAAAAUGACAACGGUGUAGUGAUUGAUGGUUGCGUCGACGAAAAUGCAAGAAAAACAUUCACACAGUGUCAAAUGGUAGUUGAAAAUCCACCUGACGACCCUGUUUAUAGUAAGCAUAACAUAUUUUGUAUGGGACUAUUCCGUUCGUUAACGUCGAGAAAUUACAGCUGUCCGUUAUAUCCCACAACGUUUAUUAACAAUAAUACUCAUUUUAUUGACGCAUCUGAAGUGUAUGGGUCGGAUGAGAGUUACGCAAAGCAUCUUAGAAUGAUGGAAGGCGGAAGACUUAAUUUCUCAAUAAGCAACAAUGGGCAAAUGUUCUGUCCAUACUUGGCCAACAAAAAUUUAGACCUUACCGUACAUAAAAUAAGUGACGUCGAAUAUGACACAGGUGAUCCGGAUAAUGGAAAUCAAAAUUUAGGAAUUACAGCUAUGCAAACGUUAUUCUUAAGGUAUCAUAAUUAUCUCGCUUUUAAACUGUCAACUAUAAAUCCUUAUUGGUCAGAUGAAAUGCUUUACCAGGAAUCUCGCAGAAUAGUCAUUGCAACUAUUCAACGUAUCGCCUAUAAAGAUUUCUUACCUAUAAUUAUCGGGGAAGAUUUUCUUGAAAUAUAUGGAUUAAAUGAAGUGAAUAUUUAUGACCCUGCCAUUAAUCCUUCUACGUCGCAAGAAUUUUCAAGCGCCGCUCUUCGAGUUCUUCAUUCGAUUAUACCUGUUCAAUUCAAUUUUAURAAUAAAGAUUAUGAAACAGAAUUUUCGAUUAACAUUACGGAUUGGAUGAGAGAAUCAAACUUGUUACCUUUACAAAAUAAUUUUGACAAAUUACUCAAAGGAUUUUUGGAGACACCUGGUCGAUUGUCUCAGCCAUCGUACAACUUUUAUAUAUCCAACUUUAUGCUCGCUAAAUUUAAUGAACCUCCAUAUACAGGACGUGAUUUACUGACAAUUGAUAUUGUUAGGGGUCGUGAUGUGGGCUUACAGCCAUACAACUACGUCAGGCAUUUUUGUGGACUUCCAUUGGCGAAUGAUUUUGAAGACUUAGUAGAUCWGAUUCAUAUAAAAGAUAUAAUGAAACUAAAAGAGCUUUAUAACUCAGUCAACGAUAUUGACUUAAUGGUCGGUAUUUUAUUAGAAAAACACAGUGAUGGUGCAAUUGUGGGUCCGACGGCACGAUGCAUAAUUGCCGAUGGUUUUUAUCGAUACAAAGCUGGGGAUCGAUUUUUCUACGAUGUACAAGGACAACCUGGCAGUUUUACUAWUGAUCAAUUAAAUGUUAUUCAGAAAAUUACUUUUGCCCAUGUUAUCUGUGCAACUUCAAACGUGGACGACGUACAAAAUGACAUUUUUAAAAUAAUCGAUCACAACUUAUUUCCAACAAGCAAACUGAAAUGUGACGAGUUCUAUUUGGAUUUAAAAGAAUGGGAAGAAUUAAGCGACAGAUUAGAUUUGUAAUUCAAUCAAUAUAAAUGAAUAUAGUUUAUAAAAAUAUUUUUUAUAAGACUAUAAAUUACGUUU